AAAGUGUACAAGAACCUAAAGGAGUUUUCUCAGAAUGGAGAGGAUUUCUGCAAGCAGGUCACAUCUGUUCUUCAGCAAAGGGCAAACCUGGAAAUUAGCUAUGCCAAAGGACUUCAGAAACUGGCACUCAAGCUGAACAAAGUAUUACAGAGCGCGAAGAAAAACUAUCUCAGCAAUGCCUGGGUCUGGGCCUCUGAGGGCAUGAAAUCUGCAGCAGAACUGCACCAAAAACUCGGCAAAUCAAUUCAGUUGGAAGCAAUAAAACCGACUCAUCAAGUUCUGAGUGUCCAAGAGAAGAAGAGAAAAUCACUUGAUAAUGAAGUUGAAAAAACAGCAAGUCUUGUCAUUAGCAACUGGAAUCAGCAAAUUAAGGCCAAGAAAAAAUUAAUGGUAAGUACCAAGAAGCACGAAGCACUUUUCCAUCUUGUAGAAAGCUCCAAGCAAUCCAUGACUAAGAAGGAAAAGCAAAAGCUCCUCAAUAAACUGAAAAAAUCAACUGAGAAGUUGGCAAAUGAAGAAGAAAAUUACUACCAAAAAAACAUGGCUGGCUAUUCUACCAGAUUGAAAUGGGAAAACACACUAGAAAACUGCUACCAGAGCAUCCUGGAGCUGGAAAAGGAAAGAAUCCAACUUUUAUGCAAUAAUUUAAACCAGUACAACCAGCAUGUUUCUGUCUUCUGUCAAACCUUGAACACAUGCCAUUCCCAGAUCCACUGUGCCAUCAACAAGAUAGAUUUCGAGAGAGAUAUUCAUUCUUUAAUAGAAGAAGCUGCAAUUUUGCCUACAGAAAAGAAAUCCGAGUUCCUACUAAUCGAUUACUUUGAGGAAGAUCCUAACAAUGCAAUGGAUAAAGAAAGACGGAAGUCUUCAAUAAAAUCAAAACUGUUGAGAUUGCAAAGAGAUAUUGAAAAAGCCUCAAAAGACAGAGAAGGCCUGGACCGAAUGCUAACUGCAGACUCCAGCAACUUCUCCUGCUCUGAUGGAAAGAGCCAGAAAGACAUGGCAGCGUUAAUGAAUGAGACCAGUUUGAAGCUAGACCUUUUGCAAGCAAAUGCCUAUAAACUGUCGUCAGUAUUAGCAGAACUUGAGCAAAAACCUAAACCCAGACAUCCUUGUAGCACCUGCAUCUUCAAGUGGAAAGAAAAGGAACAGACACAUAGUUAUGUGCAAAUAUCUCGGCCUUUUGUGAUGAAGAGAUUCAAGAAUGCUGUGAGCAAGGCUUCUUCUGGUAGGCAGAACAGUCCACGUCCCUCAUCAUCUUUAGCCUCUGGUGUGGCCCAGCUUGGGAACAAUCUCUGCAAAGCCUUAUAUGCUUUUCAAGCCAGGCAAGAGGAUGAAUUGAACUUGGAAAAAGGCGACAUUGUGGCCAUACAUGAGAAAAAAGAAGAAGGAUGGUGGUUUGGAUCUUUAAAUGGCAAGAAGGGCCAUUUUCCUGCCGCGUACGUAGAGGAGUUACCUCCAAAUGCUGAGAAUACAGCUAUGCAGCCAUAA